AUGAAGAUUCUAGACAAAUUAAGAAAUCAAGAAAGAUUGCAAUUGCUAUAUAUACUAAAAAAAAACAAUGGAAGAAAAUCAUUAUUUUUUGAAAAAUCACUUCAUAUUAUUAUUAAUUUAAUAUUAACUGAACAAGAUAUAAAAAAUGAAAAAAUUGAUAAUGUUUUUUUUUACAUGACAGAUGAAAUAAAUACAAUAUCCAGCAAAGCAAAUAUAUCAAACAAUAUUAUAUUUUUUUUACGUCCAUAUUUUUAUGAAAUAGAACAAGUAUUUAAAAUAAUUGAAAAUAUAGAAAAAAUCAAAACAGAUAAUAAGAACUAUAUAUUUAUUUUUAUUCCUUAUAUGACAUAUAUGUGUGAACAAGAAAUUUAUAAAUAUAAUGCUUUAGAACUUACCAUUAAAAUUAUUAUUUAUCCUUUAUAUUUUUUUCCUUUAUAUAAUGAUGUAUUUAGUUUAGAAAUUAAAAACAUUUUUAAAGAUUACUAUGUAGAUAACGAUUUUAGUAACCUUAUCUUUUGUUCAUAUGCUUUAAUGUUUCUUCAAUAUAUAUUUAAUGGAGUAUUUAGAAAUAUUAAAUCUCUAGGCCAUGUUUCACAUUUUAUUUCUGAACAGUUAAUGCAAUUAAGAAAAGAAAUAGUUGCUAAUAAUUUUAAUAUACAAACUCCCAAUGAUUCCCAAGAUAAUUUAUUUCACAUUUUGAGCAAUAUUCAAAGCUUACAGGAUUUAACAAAUUUUAAAAAUCCAAAAGAACCUUCUGUUGUACCUAUCAAAUAUGCUUUGCAUAAAUUUUUUCUAUCCGAAAAUAUAAAAAAAAAAAAAAAAAAAAAAAAAACGCCUUACACCAAUCAUAAUGAAAAAAAUGGCAUUAAAAAAUAUGAAACACCAGAAAAUUAUUCAUGUGACGAAGAUGAAAAUUCAAUUUUUCAUAGUAAUGAGUCAACUAGUGACCUUAGUAGCACAUAUAUGGAUAAUCAAAAUGAAAACCUCAAUCUCACAUCUAAUUUAGAAGAUUCAGAACCCAUUCAAUGUAUCGAGCGAAACGAGGUCGAUGAUCCUUAUAUUAUUGCCCCUAUGGCUGAAAAAACAAAUCGAAAUGAAUUUAGUUCAAGUACCUCCACAUAUAAACGAGAACAUAUAGAAAACAGCAAAUUUUCAAAUACACCUGAAAUAACAAACCCAUAUAAUAAUCGUUCAAAAAUAGAAAAUAAAAAAAAAAACAAUAAUGAGCAAGUUAAUGACGAUGUUGAUAAAUUUAAGAAAAGUGAAAAUCCAGCAAACGAUUCUAAUAAAGACAUAGAAAAAGAUACAAAAAAAUCUGACAACUUCAAAGAAGCAAAUAAAAUGACAAAUUUUACUAACAUUAUUGAUACUAAUAUAAAUGGUUAUUCUAAUUUUAUAAACAAUAAUUAUGAUUUUGAUAAUAUUAACAAAUAUAAUUCACAAAAAAUUUUGAAUUUUGAAACGGACGAAAAUAGUAUUAAUUCAGAUGAAGCACAUAAAGAACCUGAUAAAAUAAACUCAGAAAAUUAUAACAAUAAUGAAAAUAAAAGAGAAAUGAUAGGCACUUAUCGACAAAACUCUAAAAUUAUGACCAAAGAAGAACACAUAAAUAGUAAUGAUAACAAUAGUACUAAUAAAAAUAAUAUUGAUACAAAUAAAAUUAAUCAUAUUUUUUCAGACGAAUCUGAUUUUAAUAUUAAUAAACCCGAUUUUCGAGAAGACAACAAAAAUAAUUCUAAUAAAUUCCUUUCAAAUAAUUUAAGAAAUAGUGAUAAUCAACCUGUAAAAAAAGAAAUAAAAAACGAAGCAAAAAAAGAAGCAAACAAAUUGGAGAAUUUCCUCGAUAAAGAUAAAAAAAAUGAACACUAUAAUUCAGACAAUGAUGAAAAAAAAAAAAUUCGAAACAUAAAAAAAAAAAUAAAUAAAAAAUUUGCAUAUGGAAUGGGUAUACCUAAUUUCAUGACCGAGUUCGACAACAGUAAAUUCCUUAUGAAAAAAAAAGAUAAAGAAGAAGCCGAAAAACAAGAAAAAAAAGAAAAAAAUUAUUUAUUAGAAAAACUUGGAAUAAAUAAUUUUCUAUUUUUAUUAAAUACAUGCACCAAAAUAGAUGCAUGUAUAAUUAUCGAUCGAAGAAUUGACAUGGUUACUCCCUUUUGCACCCCUUUCACUUAUGAAGGUUUAAUUGAUCAUAUAUUUUGUAUUGAAAAUCUACAAAUAGAAAUACCAAGAUAUAUUAUAUUUAACAAUGGCGCAAACAAAAUAGAAGCAGAAAAUUCCAAAACCACAACCCCAAAAGGAUACCCAUCUAACGAUUUAAACAAUAAAAAAAUUAGAGUCAAAUUAAACAGCUCAAUAGAUGUAUUAUAUAAUGAUAUAAAAGAUUUAAAUCAAAAUGAAGUGGGCAUAUUUCUACACAAAAAAGCUAGUGAUAUACAACAAACUUAUAAAGAAAAAGAUUCAUUAAAAGAUAUAGGUCAAAUAAAUAAAUUUAUGAUCAAAUUUAAAGAAAAGCAUUAUGAACAUAACUCUUUAUCGAGGCAUGUAAAUAUUGCAUCAUAUAUUUUAAACGAAAUAAAAACAGAAAACACUUUUAAUAAAUUAAAAUUAGAAGAUGAAAUUAUACAAUUAAAUACAAAUACAAAUAAAACUAUUUUAUCAAAUAUAGUUAAAAAAAUACAAACAUUAAUAUAUACUGGCGAAAAUAUAUACGAAAUCUAUAGAUUGAUAUCUUUGUUUUCUUCGAUAACUAAUGGGUUUAAUGAUGCUUCCAUGAAUGAAUUAAAAAAAGAUAUUAUUGAACAGUAUGGUAUAAAUGAGUUAACUCGAUUAAAUAACUUACAUAUUUCUAAUAUUUUAAAAUAUCAACCUAAGCAAAAAUUUAUAUGGAAUACUUUGAAAAAUCACUUUAACCUUCUAUCGAAUGAUGAAAAUGAUAUAUCGUAUGUGUGCAAUGGUUAUGCCCCUUUGUCAACUCGAUUAAUUGAAUACAUUGGUGUUUUUAAAAAUAAUAUGCAAGUUUUCCCCGAAGUUUUUAGUCUUAUAAAUGGCCCAACCUUUGAUAUAAUACAAAAUGCUGUAGGAUAUGAGCAUGUUCAGGUAAACAACAAUGAAUACUUUGAUGGAUCUAGUUAUAAGACUAUUGAAAGUUCUACUGAAACAUAUAGCCACUCAUUUAGCGAUAACACUAGUAAUAUUACCAAGGGAAGCAAUCCACCAAGUCAUAUUGAUACUGAUGAUAGUAAUAUUGUUGAAGUUAGUAUGUUUAGCUACAGUAAUGAUAAAGAUAGUAUACAAAGUAAUACUAGUGAACACAUUCAUGAUAUUAAUUCCAAAAAACAUAAAAAAAAUAUUAUUCUUUUUUAUGUUGGUGGUAUUUCAUAUGCCGAAAUUGCAUCCAUUAGGAAAUUAAAUCAGACCAACGAAAAUUAUCAUUAUUUAAUUUUUACAACUGAAAUUAUUAGUUCAAAAAGGAUAUUCGAUUCAAUGGAUACUUAG